AUGCCGACGGAACUAGAGGAGCUUGUCGAAUUCCUGCAUCAUGGCAACACUCAAAUCAGACAAGUUGCGUGUGAACACUUGGUUGGUCUUUCGGAUGAUGCGACGGUAUUCAAGCAGCAGCAACUGGCCGCAGUCCGAGACCUGAAGCUUCUUGUGAAGGACUACCCUCCCAUCGCCAAGAAUGCUCUCACGAUCUUGAUCAAUAUCAGCCACGACGCCGAAGUCCUUGAGAAUCUCGCCACAGAUGAUUCGUUCCUCGAGACAUUGUUGAACAAGAUCACAAACCCGAAAGAGGAGGCCGCAAAUGAGAUUGCAAUGCUAUUGGCGAAUCUCGCCAAGUCAGAGCGCCUGGAAAGGCUGAUUAAGCUGAAAAGAGCGACUCCGGUGGCGACCGUGUCGACAUCUCCGUACGCGCUCGAUCAGCUGUUCGAUUGCUUUGUGAAAGGAGCCGAAGGAAAGCUCAACAAACACGCGAACUUCGACUACCUUGCUUACUUCCUGGCGGAUAUGUCGAAAUACAAAGCUGGAAGAGACCAUUUCUUGGGCAAGAGAGACUAUGAUGAAGUAGUGCCCAUCAGCAAGUUGACCGUUUUCACCGAGCAUAAGAGUCACAUCCGGCGAAGUGGUGUGGCCAGCACCAUCAAGAACGUCGCGUUUGAGGUCGAUAAGCACCCCUUGCUACUUGCGGAUGACACUGAGUUUAUCGAUGGUGUUCCAGGCGUCAACAUAUUGCCGUACAUCCUGCUACCAUUGGCGGGAUCAGAAGAAUACCCUGAGGAGGAAUCUGCGAACAUGCUUCCGGAUUUGCAACUCUUGCCCCCAGACAAAACGAGAGAAGAGGAUAAUGAAAUUCUUGUCACUCAUUUGGAAACACUGUUGCUUCUUACCACGACAAGGGAAGGGAGGGACAGGCUGAGGCAGGUCCAGGUAUAUCCCUUGACCAGGGAAACACACAUGCAGGUCCAGGACGAAGGUGUGAAAGAGGCAUGCGAUCGCUUAGUACAGAUUCUCAUGAGGGAGGAGGAGGAGAAACGUCCAGAGAUCGAAGAGGUGGACGAUGACGAGAAGAUAGAAGAGAUAUUCUGA